GGAGCUCUCACUCGCUCAGAAGCCACCGUCGCCACGGCAACACGGCCACACUGGGCCUAACGGACUGCGAGGCCUGGGGCUGUGACCCUGGUGGCCUCGUGGGCAGAGCCCACAGCAUGGAUAGCUUCUUUGUGGAGGAGGUGGCCGCUUCCCUGGUCAGGGAGUUCCUCAGCAGAAAGGGCCUGAAGAAGACAUGUGUGACCAUGGACCAGGAGCGCCCACGCUCUGACCUCAGCAUCAACAGCAGAAAUGACCUCCGAAAGGUCUUGCAUCUGGAGCUUCUCUACAGGGAGAACAAGGCAAAAGAAAAUCCUCUAAGAACAAGCCUAGAACUCAUCACUAGAUACUUCUUGGAUUACACUGGAAAUAUGGAUAAAAAUUUAAACCAAGAAACUCCAAUCCCUGCACUCUCAACUCCAAAGAAAAAUAACAAGUUACUGGUGAGAAGCUCCGAGUCCGCGCUGGUGAAUAUAUACGACCUUUCAGAUGAAGAUGCAGGAUGGAGACUAUCUUUGGCAGAAACAAGCAAGGCCAGACCAGACAGCCUUGAUGGGGCUAAACCUGGUAAUUUGUCACAUAAAAAGCCCCCCCACAAGACCAAGCCUGGGCCCAUAGUACCAGAUGAGAGCGCCCCCUUGGCAUCCACAUGGGCGGAGGUGAACAAGCUUCACUUGCUGGAUCCUUACACAGAUGUGAAGAAGGCAGGAGAGAAGACCAGGCCCAAGUCUGGCCUGAUUUCCCGAGGCAUGAUGGCUGUGUCCUGGCCCACACAGGGUUCUCUACGCAAACGCUCUCUGAGACGGUCCCUGGCCUCCAGCAGCAAGGCUCCACCCCAAGAGGAGAGCCCCAUGGUGCCUGACCUCCCCGGGGGCACUCCAGCACACCCAGCCCCACAAGAGAUCCCUGCUUCCGACAAUGGCUCCAUCUUCAGGAGCCCCCUGAGCCCGCCUAGUGAGCCAUCUGAGGAAAAGCAGAAAACCAGCCCCAGCAGCCCUUCCCACUUGCCCAGAAAAGGACUGUCCCCACGAGACAGAGGGGCACCCAGAGGUCUGUUCGAGAAUGAGUCAGCAGUGGAUGGCCACUCAGAAGUGGAAAGGACACCCUCAAAGUUGUACUUUCCUGGUGGGAAUCCCAGGGUGACCCAGGAGAGGCUGGAAAGAACUUUCAAGCAUCAGGGAAGCCAGCCCUCACCUCCCAGGAAGAGUCAGUUGCCAGCGUCCGGCAAGGUGGAUCGUGAGCUGGAUGCCCUGCAGCUUGAGGAUGUGGAGGAUGAGUUGACAGGGGAGGACAUCAUCCUGGCCCCAGCCCCAUCAGUGCUCAAGCUGAAGAUAGUGUCAAAGCCAAUUGACCUCUCAGAAGCCAAGGAAAUCAAGAUGCUUCUGUUUGGUUCUACCUUUUGCUGCUUCAAUGAGGAAUGGAAGCUCCAGAGCUUUUCCUUCAGUGACACAGCUUCCUUAAGAUACGGCAUCGUUCAGAACAAGGGUGGCCCCUGUGGGGUGCUGGCAGCCGUCCAAGGCUGUGUGUUGCAGAAGCUCCUGUUCGGAGGCGAGAGUGGAGUCGACUGCACUGCGCAGCUGAAGCCUUCAGAUGCUCUUCGUUCUCGCUGCCUGGCGCUGGCCAUCACGGACAUCCUCUGGCAGGCUGGGAGCCGAAAGCGAGCUGUGGUCACCCUGGCUUCUGGAACACAGCAGUUCAGUCCAACGGGGAAAUACAAAGCAGAUGGAGUCUUAGAAACACUCACGCUCUACAGUGUGUCCUGCUAUGAAGAGCUGGCGACUUUUCUCCAACACACGGUGCACCAGUUUGAAGCAGGUCCCUACGGAUGCAUCCUGCUCACCCUGUCUGCCAUCCUGUCCAGGUCCUGCGAGCUUGUUCGCCAGGACUUUGACGUCCCCACCAGCCACCUGAUUGGAGCACAUGGAUACUGUACACAGGAACUUGUCAAUCUGCUGCUGACUGGGAGAGCUGUGUCGAAUGUUUUCAACGACGUGGUGGAGCUGGAUUCUGGGAAUGGAAACAUCACACUCCUCCGAGGCAUCGCUGCCCGAAGUGACAUUGGCUUCUUAUCUCUCUUUGAGCACUACAAUGUGUGCCAGGUCGGCUGCUUCCUGAAGACCCCGAGGUUCCCCAUCUGGGUGGUCUGCAGUGAGAGCCACUUCAGUGUCCUCUUCAGCCAGCAGCCUGAGCUCCUGUCCGACUGGAGAGCCGAGCGGCUCUUUGACCUGUACUACUACGAUGGCCUGGCCAACCAGCAGGAGCAGAUCCGGCUGACUGUUGACACUACACAGACCAUCCCCGAGGACAGCGGCAAGGGCCUGGUCCCCCCUCUGGAGCUCUGCAUCAGGACUAAGUGGAAGGGGGCUUCUGUGGACUGGAAUGGCUCUGACCCCAUCCUGUGACCUGGGAUGCAGCUAAGGUCAGCGGCUCCACUGGUCAUUCCUGGAGUGACCCCUUAACUCCAGGCCUUCGGGGCAAAUCUCCAAGAAGAUGUCACCCCCUUCUGCGCCAGCACUGCAACAAGCAUGCAAGGCCUCACUGCUCCUCCACAUAGGGCCUCCAAGGCGGAGGCAGGGGCCCUGUGUGAGGUUGCACCGCCUCCUCACUGCCCCUGACGCCAAGGAUGGGGAGGACAUCACCAGCCACUCUGCUGCUUUCUUGUGCCCCCCUCCUUUGUCGCCUGCCCUCACUGAGGUCUCUGACAUGGUUGGCCCAGGAGACCCAGGGCACUGGUUAUUUCUGGUAAUAAGUUUUCUAUGAAGCAAGAGUCAAAUCUACUCUGAGGAUGGAGACUUCUUUGUUCACCUGGCACAGAAGGAGCGUGUGGUCUGCUCUGCACUCGGGUGGGGAGUGGGGGCCCCAUAGCCAUGAGCACUGCAGGCAAGGACAGUUGCUAGCCCCUAGCCCUGCAGACAGCAGUCUCCUCGGCCUCAGGGCUAUGCAUGGCUCCUUCCCUGACCUCUCCCAGCCUCUGCCUCACCAGCACAGGUCUGUGGCACCAGGCUACAUGAUGAACGGUGUAGCCGUGGCUGCUAUGGUCCCUGGUAAGCCUGUCCCAGGGCAGAUCUGAGUUGCUCAGAGGGCUCCGUGGGGAUGGCCGGGGCUUGGCUAAGUGAUGAGAGGAAGAGUCCUCUAGGAGAGGUGACUUAGCCAGAGGGGCUGAUGGGACAGGAACCAACAGAGGAACUGGGUUGGCCCCGCUCUGUGGCUGUAGGGGACAUGUGGGGAGAGAACUGAUUGAAAAUGUGGGUGGGAAGAUCUUUGGAGCCUCUCACAGCCCAGAGAAAGACAGGAGGUUGGAAUGGGAAGAGCACUGUGAUCAGCAGUCUGAGCCUCAUUUAGGCUCGCUUAGAGUAUGGGUGUCACAAAGGAGUAGAGAAAAUGUAGCACUGCAGUGUGAAGCUGGCAAAGAAGUAGGUGAAAA